AAACGCUGCUGCUUGAAUCAGUGCUUCUGGCACGUCAUAGCACUCUUCUGCGCUCGUUGACGUGGCAAACGUGCAAACGUGUUCUGAUGGAAGUCCUCGCGCCGCAGCGACAUCACCGCGGGCGCCACGUUCGGACGCCGUGGUCGCCCGAGGUCGUCAUCCUAGAAGUCCUAUUGACCAUUCGGGUGUCCAGCCAUAUAUUCCACUGCGUUCGGGCCGAGGCUGUGGAUCUGCUCUGGGAUUGGGUGGAUGUGGAGAGUCUCCUAUGGGUUUUGGACACCGGCACAGAGUUGACACUGUGGCGAGACUUUGAGGCUCGCCCGCGCAUCAGCAACAUGGACUCAACCCAUCGCAUCGAAGCCAUCCUCGGGAUGCACCAGUCGGCGGGUAGUAACGUGUACCUAGGCGUGAAGUGAGGCUGACGUACAAUUCACAAUAAGCAAGACUACCACGUCAGAGGUAUCAUGAUCCGGGAUUAAGAAGGGACGUACUUCAUGCCAACACAUCCCCGAGUACCUUUAGAAAAAGGUAUGAAGGCCUUCUCGAUACGCCGGGCUACCGUCGGGUCAAGCCAUCUCGUUGGGUCGAACUCGCGGGGUUUCGGAAAGCAAGAC